AUGAUAAUAUUAGCUAAAAAUGUCAGCAAAUUGAUGUCCCUUCAACGUCCUGUAAUUUCUGGCUUCGCUACUGCGACUGAUAAGACUUCAAAAACCGAGACACCACAAGAUAAAAACCUUGCCAUCACGGAGAAGGCCAUUAAGGGCGCUGAGGAAUUGGCAAAUAAAUGGGAAAAAUGCAAUGAAGUUUACUACGGCAAAGAACGUGAUAUGGCGAACUACCCCACCAUCAAGGUUGCCGAACAGCAUCCCAAAGUUCGUCUCGGUUUUAUACCGGACUCUUGGUUCCAACUUCUCUACUCUCGCACCGGUGUUACUGGUCCUUAUCUUUUCCUCGGUGGAACCACAGCUUUUCUCUUAAGCAAGGAAUAUUGGGUUGUAGAUGGUCAUUUCUUGGAAGUUAUUCCGUUCAUCAUCAUCAUGACCUGGGGUAUUAAAAAGUUCGGUACUCAAUGCUCGGAUUACCUUUCCAAGUUCACUCAGGUUUGUGUUUAUUUCCAAAGAAUCGAUAAUUUCUAUACUAAGCCAUUGAAAAAUGUUAAUGCUAAUUUGGACAAGGCCAUCAAGUCUGCUGAUGAGGAAAUUGCCCGAGCAGCUUGUAUUCCCACUUUGGUUGCAGCUAAGAAGGAGAAUAUCGAUUUACAGUUGGAGGCAGCGUAUCGUGAAAGACUGCAGAAUGUCUACAAAGCCGUCACCCGGCGUUUGGACUACCACGUCGAGCGGGAGAACAUUCGUAGGCGUUUCCAACAGCAACACAUGGCUAACUGGGUUACAUCGGCUGUUGUUUCUGAAAUUACUCCUUCUCAGGAAAAGGAGACCCUGCAAAAAUGCAUUCAGGAUUUAAAGGCAUUGGCUGCUAAGCAGGCCGUUAGCAGGGCUUAA